AGCGGAGACACGAAAAUAUAGAGAGAGAAAAGCAAACAGGAGCCCACUUUUUUAGAGAGAGAAAACGUAUGAAUACAACAAAGCCAAACACCAAAACAAACACAAACUCAAAGAUAUUUUUGCCUCCCUCCCUCUCUUCCUCUCCAAAGAUCGCAACUUUAGGGUUUCUUCCCUUUCGUCGGUUUUCUUUCUGAUGUGAAGCUUCGGGAACGAGGAAAAAGAACAAGGAUUUGGGUUUUGUUUGAUGCUGACGAAAAUUGUGGGGUUUUCAUUUGACGUUUGUCGAUAAAAAGUGAGAAUCUUUGUUUCAAUUCACCGGUUGGAUCACGGGUUGCGUGAGUUUAAUUUUUUGAAUUUGAGGGAUUUGGAGGAGAGAAAAAAUAAAAAUUAAAAAUUGGUGUUUUUUGUUUGAUUCGCCUUUGAGUAUGCCAACAUCGUGGGCUGAUUCUGUUUCCGCGGCAGAAGGCGCCGCCGCAGUUGCCUCGUCCAAUUCAACCAAGCAAGCUUAUGUUCCACCGCACCUUAGAAACAAGCCUGCUACCUCGGACCCUCCGAAACAACCUGCGACAGGUUCAUAUGCUAGUGCUGCUGCUGCUGUAGCAGUUGCAGCAUCAGGGAAUGAUAGAGUGCAUUAUGGUGGGCCGCCCCAGCAGGGGGGAAGUCGAUGGAAUGGUCCCCGGAAUGAAUUCCGUGGCGGCUAUGGCGGUGGAGGAGGUGGUGGUGGUGGUGGUGGGGGACAUGGUGGUUGGAAUACCAGAGUUGGUGGUUGGGAUCGUUCCAGGGAGCGAGAGUCUAAUCCGUUUGGGGACGAGGGAGAUCAGCCAUUUGAUGAGCAAGAGAAUUCGGGUAUUAAUUUUGAUGCAUAUGAGGAUAUUCCAGUUGAGACGAGUGGAGAUAACGUGCCCCCUCCCGUGAAUACUUUUGCCGAGAUUGAUUUAGGGGACGCUGUGAACAAUAAUAUUAGGAGGUGCAAGUAUGUGAAGCCAACGCCCGUGCAGCGAUAUGCUAUCCCUAUAGCACUCGCUGGCCGGGACUUGAUGGCUUGUGCUCAGACCGGGUCUGGCAAGACGGCUGCUUUCUGCUUCCCAAUCAUUAGCGGGAUCAUGAGGGGUCAAUUUCUAAGGCCACCAAGGCCACGCAUGGCAUUACCUCUUGCCCUUAUUCUUUCUCCAACAAGGGAGCUUUCAUGCCAAAUUCACGAAGAAGCCAGGAAGUUUGCAUAUCAAACUGGAGUCCGGGUGGUUGUUGCCUAUGGUGGCGCGCCUAUAAACCAACAGCUUCGGGAACUAGAGAGAGGUGUGGAUAUACUUGUUGCAACCCCCGGGAGAUUAGUUGAUUUGUUGGAGAGGGCAAGAGUCUCUUUAGAGAUGAUUAGGUAUUUGGCUUUAGACGAGGCUGAUCGAAUGUUGGACAUGGGUUUUGAACCCCAAAUAAGGAAAAUUGUGCAACAGACCGACAUGCCUCCACCGGGUGUAAGACAGACAAUGCUGUUCAGUGCUACCUUCCCAAAAGAGAUUCAGAGAUUAGCUGCAGAUUUUCUCGCAAACUACAUCUUUUUGGCUGUCGGAAGGGUUGGAUCAAGUACUGAUUUGAUUGUCCAACGAGUUGAAUAUGUUCAAGAGACUGACAAGAGAAGCCAUUUAAUGGAUCUCCUCCUCGCACAAAUGGCUAAUGGGGCUAACGGCAAGCAAUGUCUUACACUUGUUUUUGUGGAGACGAAGAAAGGAGCUGAUUCUCUGGAACAUUGGCUCUGUAUUAACAACUUCCCCGCUACUGCUAUACAUGGUGAUAGGACACAACAGGAAAGAGAACAAGCUUUGAGGGCUUUCAAAAGUGGCAGGACGCCGAUUCUGGUUGCAACAGACGUGGCAGCACGUGGUCUCGACAUUCCUCUCGUUGCUCACGUGGUCAACUUUGACCUCCCAAAUGACAUUGACGAUUAUGUCCACCGCAUAGGAAGAACUGGACGAGCAGGAAAAACCGGCCUGGCCACCGCCUUCUUCAACGAGGGCAAUUCCUCUAUCGCGCGCUCCUUGGCAGAUCUGAUGCAAGAAGCAAACCAAGAAGUACCUGCUUGGCUUUCCCGCUACGCUGCCAGAUCCUCCCACGGAGGCAAAAGCCGCCGGGGUGCCGGCCGCUUUGGCGGCCGUGAUUUCCGAAGAGAGUCCAAUUUCAACCGAGGCAAUCCCGACUACUACUCCGGAGGCAACACGGGCGGCGGUUACAGUGGGUUCGGGGGCGGGUACAAUCCAUCCUACGGAGCUGGCGUGGCCAGCGCCUGGGACUAA